AGGGCCGCGCCAGGUACAGCUUGGAUUCGUCGUUUGACCUAUCUACCUUACAGACCAUCGUCCGUUUUGACUGUCGACGAGGGCGGAUACGUUCUUCUACGGACGGUUGAAGGCCGAUGAUACGGUAAUGAAUACGAUUGAGUCGCUGCGAACCACCAGCCAGUCAACCAGCCAACGGCUCAAACGAUCCUUGGAGGCUGGUUAGAGAAAAAAAAAAGGCAGAGAAAAAAAAUAGAAUAAGAAUGGUCCGCAACCUCGUCCUCUUAUCGGGGUCCUCACACCCGACCUUCGUCGACCGGGUCGCCUCGGUCUUGGGAAUCGCGCCCUCGAGCAGGGUGCUUGGCAAGUUUGCGAGCGGCGAGACACGGUGCGAGAUCAGGGAUUCGGUGAGGGGCAAGGAUGUCUACAUCGUGCAAAGCUUCGGGGUCGGCGGGCAUACCGUACCCGCUCGCGGGGUGACGGGGUAUGAUGACGGCUGGGCUGAGGGCGAGGGGGUCGACAACAGCGGCGGGGGAGCGAGCAACGGAGAGGGCAAACACACGGUCAACGACUACUUCAUCGAGCUCUGCAUCAUGAUCUCGGCCUGCAAGACGGGCAGCGCGAAGAGGGUCACGGCUGUCCUGCCCCUGUUUCCGUACUCGAGACAGCCGGAUCUGCCCUUCUCGAGGGUCGGCGCGCCGCAGCGCGACGGCAAAGGGAAGUUGGAAGUGGCGGAACGCGGCAGCUACACCGAGCUCGAUCACGAGAAUCCCUCGUCGUCGUCGACGACGACGAUGAUGAUGAUGAUGAUGGCGCUGCAGGCCAAGCCGGGACACGAGCAUGUCACGGCACACGUUGGCUCCCUGGCGGCGGACCUGUUGACGUGCGCCGGGGCGGACCGGAUCUUGACGUGCGAUCUGCACGAGAAAGCCUAUCAGGGCUUCUUUGAUAUCCCGGGUACGUCUGUUGAUACGACUGCCUGACGAAGUUCGGCCGCGCGGAGCGGCAUGCAAUGACUGACUCGCAGCUCUUGCAGUUGAUAACCUCUACGCCCGCCCGCUCCUGAUGCGCUACAUCAAGCAGAACAUACCCAGCUAUCGCGACGCUGUCAUCGUCAGUCCCGAUGCGGGCGGCGCUAAGCGUGCCAGCGCCAUAGCCGACCGUCUUGGGCUGGCCUUUGCCCUCAUCCACAAGGGUAUGCAUUUUGUCCCCCCCCCC